AUGGCUAUCCUGUCAUUAGUGUUUCUACUUUUAGGAUUUAGUCUGACUACAGCUGCCAAGGCUGGUGAAGUAGAUAGAGAGGACCAACUGAAGAAACGGCUGAAGGAAUAUGGCCUUGUAACUCCGUUUAGCACAGACUCUCACGGACACUACCUCUCCCACCUACUGUCUUCCACUCACAAACAGCGAUACAAGAGGGACACUACUGAAACAGAACAGAACAUUUUCUUCAAUAUUUCUGCCUUUGGGAAAGAGUUUCACUUGCGCCUCCGGCCUAACAACCGCCUGGUCGCUCCGGGAGCCGUGCUGGAGUGGCACGAAGAAGAGGAUGUGGGGAACUUGACAACAGAUUUGGAGCCCACCGCGAACCAAACUGAGCUCCACCGGGAACUACUGAAGACGGACUGCACAUUCGUAGGCGACAUCACCGACGUCCCCGGAGCCUCAGUUGCCAUUAACAACUGCGAUGGAUUGGCUGGCAUGAUCCGCACAGACUCUGAUGAGUACUUCAUAGAGCCGUUGGAAAAAGGGGCUCAGGAGCUGGAGGACCAGGGAAGAGUCCAUGUGGUUUAUAGGAGGUCAGCUGUUCUCCAGGACAGUGAUGCCUCUGCGGACCAUCAGCAAACAGAGCCAGGGCUGGACGUGGUCGGCUCUCUGGACUCUGUGGCCCGACAGGUGAAUAACAGUGUGCAUCAGCGCCACAGACGUGACGCGGGAGAGAGCGACUACAACAUCGAGAUCCUGCUUGGAGUGGAUGACUCAGUGGUGCGCUUUCAUGGGAAGGAACAUGUGCAGAACUAUCUUUUAACACUAAUGAACAUAGUCAAUGAAAUUUACCACGAUGAGUCUCUGGGAGUGCACAUCAACGUGGUGCUGGUGAGGAUGAUCAUGCUCGGAUAUGCCAAGUCUAUAAGCCUGAUCGAAAGAGGCAACCCAUCACGCAGCCUGGAGAACGUGUGCCGCUGGGCGUUUGGACAACAGAAAGGGGAUGUGGACCACGCCGAACACCACGAUCAUGCAAUCUUUCUCACUCGCCAAGGCUUCGGCCCCACGGGGAUGCAGGGGUAUGCUCCAGUCACGGGAAUGUGCCACCCAGUUCGCAGCUGCACACUCAACCAUGAAGACGGAUUCUCCUCUGCCUUUGUGGUGGCUCAUGAAACCGGACAUGUGUUGGGCAUGGAGCAUGACGGCCAGGGGAACCGCUGUGGGGAUGAGACAGCUAUGGGCAGUGUGAUGGCCCCUCUGGUGCAGGCGGCCUUCCACAGAUACCACUGGUCCAUGUGCAGCGGGCAGGAGCUCAGGCGAUACAUACACACAUAUGAGUGCCUGCUGGAUGACCCCUUCAAACAUGAAUGGCCACAGCUUCCUGAACUCCCUGGAAUCAACUACUCCAUGGACGAGCAGUGUCGCUUUGAUUUUGGGGUGGGCUACAAGAUCUGCACCUCUUUCCGUACCUUUGACCCCUGCAAACAGCUUUGGUGCAGUCACCCUGACAACCCAUACUUCUGCAAAACCAAGAAGGGCCCGCCUCUCGAUGGGACUGAGUGUGCUCCUGGAAAAUGGUGCUACAAAGGUCACUGCAUGUGGAAGAACCCUAAUCAGGUCAAACAAGACGGGGCCUGGGCUUCAUGGAGCAAAUAUGGUUCGUGUUCACGCUCAUGUGGAACUGGGGUUCGGUUCAGGACAAGGCAGUGUAAUAAUCCUGCGCCCUCCAAUGGCGGCCAAGACUGUCCAGGACUGAACUAUGAGUACCAGCUCUGCCACACGGAGGACUGCCCCAAGCACUUUGAGGAUUUCCGUGCACAGCAGUGCCAGUUGCGCAACUCCCAUUUUGAAUUUCAAAAUGCCAAACACCACUGGCUUCCCUAUGAACAUCCGGACGCCAAUAAGAGGUGUCACCUGUACUGCCAGUCGAAGCAGACAGGGGAUGUGGCAUACAUGAAGCAGCUGGUGCAUGAUGGGACACGGUGCUCAUACAAAGAUGCCUACAGUAUCUGUGUGCGAGGAGAGUGUGUGAAAGUUGGUUGUGACAGAGAGAUUGGUUCCAACAAAUUAGAAGACAAAUGUGGUGUGUGUGGUGGGGACAACUCUCACUGCCGCACAGUUAAAGGGACCUUCACCAGAACGCCAAAGAAAGCAGGGAAGAUCAGAGGAGCCUUUUUCUUGCCUAAAGGAGCUCGUAAUGUGUUUUUAAAUGAAACUGAAGAUUCUAGAAACCUGCUGGGUGUACUUAAGAUGUUUGACAUUCCCCCGGGAGCUAGACAUGUGAUCCUCCAAGAGCACGAGUCUUCUCCUCAGAUUCUGGCCAUCAAGAACCAGGCAACUGGGCACUACAUCCUGAAUGGGAAAGGCGAUGAGGUUAAGUCCAGGAGCUUCAUUGACCUGGGUGUGGAGUGGCAUUACAUUGUUGAGGACGAAGUGGAAACUCUGCAUACAGACGGACCCCUUCAUGACCCUGUGGUUGUUCUGAUUAUACCAAAGAACAAUGACACUCGGUCUACAUUAAUGUACAAGUACAUCAUCCAUGAAGAUUCGGUGCCUAUCAACAACAACAAUGUGAUUCAGGAGGACACGUACGAGUGGGCACUGAAGAGCUGGUCUCCAUGUUCUAAGCCCUGUGCCGGAGGGAACAUGUUUGUAUUUUUCCAGGUUUUCAGUACCAAAUAUGGUUGCCGAAAGAAGGGUGACACCAAGAUGGUUCACAGAGGAUACUGUGAUGCCAGUAAGAAGCCCAAACCCAUCAGACGAAUGUGCAACCUCCAGGAUUGUAGUCAGCCUCAAUGGAUUUCAGAUGAGUGGGAGCACUGUACCAAAACGUGUGGUAGCCUGGGCUUUCAGAUUCGGACAGUGCGCUGUGUACAGUACCUCCAUGAUGGCACCAACCGUUCCAUCCACACCAAAUACUGCAGCGGAGAGAAGCCCGAGAGCCGCCGAGCCUGUAACCGUAGCCCCUGCCCUUCCCAGUGGAGGACAGGGCCCUGGUCUGAGUGCUCUGUGACAUGUGGGGAGGGCUGGGAGCGACGCCUGGUCACCUGUCGAAUCGGAGACCAGUGUUCAGGAGACAAACCAGAGACUGUGCGGCAGUGCAGACCUAGGCCCUGUCAUGAUGAACCCUGUAAUGGAGACAAAUCCAUCUUUUGCCAAAUGGAGGUCUUAGCACGCUACUGCUCUAUUCCUGGCUACAACAAACUGUGCUGUGAGUCAUGCAGGCUGCGCAGCGGAGCAGUUUCUUUGUUCUCCGAAGCAACAGAGACUGAUGAGCAUUUACGCUUCGGAUCGGCCUCCCAACUCCUGGAUACCCUCACAGCUGCAGCCGCUAACAGCACUCGCGGUGGUAAGCAAGGACCUAACAGAACAUCAGCCACAGCCAGCAGAGUACCAAGCACAUCAACCAGCGCGACCAAACCCCGAACAACCUCUGCCCCGCUCAAGAGGGGCACAUCAAAAAGCACCACUGCUCCGAGGAGGCUUCCACGGCAGCUACGCCCCACCGCAGCCCCCCCUCAUGGACAACCAGCUUCCCGCCAAAGCUCCAGUGGCUCCAGUCGAUGGCCCACGGCUUAUUCUCAAGUGAAGAGAUGAAAGUGGAACCCAACCCUAGAGGACUUUGAUGUACACUAGAAAAUCCAGCUUCAUCCCCAGUCUUCUAACGCCACAUGUCACACAGCAGACAAAUACAGAGAAAGAGAAAAGUGCUGGUUCACUUUGUUUAGCCCCUGACAUUUGACUGUUAUGUCUCCACUCCUGAGCAUUUGAACUGAAACAAACAUAUUUAUUCACUUACUGGUUUAGAGUACAAAGCAGGUAGGGGCACAAGGUCCAAGGGGAAUUUUCCUUUAUGUCAGAUGAAAGAAUUGCACAUCUUUCCUCAGCUCAUGAGUUUUAUAGGUUGCGUUCACAUUCUAGAUAUUGAUUAUGUCAUAAAUUCAGAUGGGGGGCAUAGGUCUAUAAAACUCAAACAAUUCACCUAAACAUUAACCUUACGUUAACAUGAAUCUUAUCAUUAUUUGUAAGAGAUUGACACCACAAACAAAAAGUCUGUGGAGCCAAUCUCUUACAAAUAAUAAACAAAGCUGAGCUUUUUUCAGCUCAGAGUUUCAUCUUUGGUGUUGAUUAAUGGCAUCAUUUCCUGAACCUUUGUGAGAUCAAAGUAUUUAUUUGUAGUUUUUUUUUAAACUGAUGCAAGAUUAUGUUUUUAUGUCAGUUUUGAUUUCAUGUGGAUUGGCCCAUUAAUUACAGCAAUAUUAAAUACAAAUCAGCAGCAAAUCUGCAAACUGACAGUUAAACAGCAAAUAAAGUCUACAAUAAAUUUCUGACUUGUUCUCCAGCUAGGUUUUAAAGUACAGAUUAGAAUGUUUGGAUGUGAACACAACCUACAGAGCUCGGGAUCUCUAAAAGCUAAACUUACCAUUUGCCUAGCAAUAGGGAAAAACAGUGAAGUUAAAGGUUAGCUAAAGAGCCAUGGACAAACCUGAUGAGCUGCUGGAUCAUUACUGGUAAAAUGUAUGACUGAGUGAGAAUAUGUGGACAUGUAUGCAAAACAUAAAAUGAUAAUGUAUAUAGAAUUUAGACAAGGAAGAUAACUCAGACCAUCUGACACAUUUGAAACUCUCUUUACUGUUCAAAACUGUACAGAGCUGUGUCUAUCAGCAAUUACUGUGUGUACUGCAAGUAUUUGUACAAUUUUCCAAGUGCAACAAGCCAUUCACAAUAUAAAUGUUACCAAAGAAUAUUUACUCCACUCUUACCCAACAGAUUACCGUAAUAACCCAUUAAAAAUAGAAUGCUAUUGGAAAUAAAUUAGAUACAUUUAUUCUGUAAUGACAGGUUUUACUUCUGCUUUACUUACUUACUUACUGCUCCCUUGAGUUGUACGUUUAAAUUUGAAGCAUUUAGUUGGAUGAAAACUAUUUAAUAUUUAUGUGCAAAUGGAACUGAAAAGGGACUACAUAUAUGGGUCUGGUUUUGUACUUUUAACCCUCUCCAGGAAGGCGUUGUAGAUUUGCAACAGCUAAAUUCCAAUUACCUACUUACUCCACAUCCAUAUUUUAUGAGCUUUUUUUACUCAGGAGCCUUUUCUCCCAUCCAUGCUGAUAAACGUGGACGAUGCAGACUGGCUCCACGCAAACGGCCUGCCAGAAGUGCAAAAUACUUGUUUUGUUCACAAAGGAUAAAAAAGUCAGGAUUGUAUAUUACUACCCCAUAUUGUAAUUUUCCCCAAAUAUCAGAUUUUUCCUGAUACUAAAAAUUUAUUUGAGCCUGAGAGGGUUAAAGAAUAUUCUGGUGUAAAACUAGAUGAUCUAGAUGAUAGCGCAAGAUUCUCCAGAUUUUAUGAUGAUGAUGAUGAUGAUUAUUAUUAUUAUUAUUAUUAUUAUUAUUAUUAUUAUUUUACAGUAGGCUACAAUUUCUUUUCAGUGGCCUAAAAACAAAUAUCUUUGUAUUCAACAAAAGUGAAAUACAGCUUCAUCAGAUCAUCACCAAAGGCGGUUUUGUGCAACACACAAAGUAUGGAAUUUGGCUUUGGCGCAGAUAGAAUCAAUAUUCACUCAAAUGAAGCUUUACAUUAGCCCCUUUCAGUCUCCCUCUAAUUUGAUUUCAUAUGUACCUCUACAACACCAUACUGAAAGCACCAAAGCUGGACUUCUAUGUAGAAAGUGUUUUUUCCCAAACUAUUUUGAAAUUGCGUUUUUAAAGGUGAGGGAUUUUGGAGAGUAAACAUUAUUUAUUUUAAAAGGAUAUUCUCUCAACCACCAUGCAUCUGACUGCAAUAGAAAAAAACAUUUUUUUGUAGUUCAAAAAACUCACACUCCAGUGUGCCAGUGUAUAGUUCCUGUAUAUAGCAUUGAGUGCAUAUAUUUAUUGAAAGUAAGGCUAUGCUUUGUUCUUCCGUGUGUUCAGUACCAGUUGGACAAUAAGCUGUUAACCAGGAGUAAAGUUCUGUUUAAUCAUAAUUCAAAUGGUCUUCUGCUUUCAUAGAAAUAACAUUGUUUUAGCAAACAAUUAGAUGUAAAUAUACAAGCUCAAUUUUGAGAUGUUUAACUUUUUGUAAGAAAGCUGUUUUUUUACAGCUGUUUUGUAGUUGACUGGUUACUUACAUGACCAAACCAAUGUCUUAUUGUAACCAAUAAAUCAGAAUAGUAUUACCAGUGAGUCCAUAACAUUGUUUUUAUGGUGUCCGUAGUUGUCAGUAUUAUUUCCUCCUUCAUCUCCUCACUGCCUAAACAACACUGCUGCUAAUGCUACGCAGAGAUAGUUAGGAGACAUAGGUUAGCUAUAGAUCAAUGACAAUCCCUGAGCCUCAGACAGACUUGCUGCGUGGCCAACCUUGUACUGUAUCACCCCUGUGCUGCUGCCUGUGUAUUGCGACAGCAGAUGCUCUCAUGCUUUCCUUUGUUUUUGUCUAGAUCCAAGUGUACACUACUGAUGCUGUUUGUUGUUAUGGGGAGCACAUAGUAAUAAAUUACAUAAUUAAA